AUGGGACCCAAAGAUGGCGGUCCUCAAGAUGCACCUGGACGGCAAAGAAACCGAGCAUUUGAGAAAUUCUACUGGGCCAAUUUGGUGGAGACCGGGCAUGUAAAGGACUCGGAAUGGGAGAUCUUCCUGGACAGCCUUUCUAAGCCACUACCAGUGACAUUGUGGAUCACUCCCACCGACCGAGAUGCUGAAAAAGUUCGUAGAGCAUUGAGGCAGUACAAGGCUGCGGCAGAAGAAGCAUCAAGUGCUGAUACAGAUAUUGAACAAAGGGUUUCAGUGCAGAUGCUUCCAUGGAUGCCUGAAGAAAUGGGAUGGCGGGUGGACAUUCCCAAGACGCUGCUUCGAAAGGAUCCACGCUUCAAGCCUUUGCACCAAAUGCUCAUUGACUACACUGCCAAGGGCACGAUCAAUCGUAUGGAAGAGGUCUCGAUGCUGCCGGUGACACUUCUGGACAUCCAGGCAGGUCAUCGAUGCCUCGACACCUGCGCUUCACCUGGCAGCAAAACAGCGCAGAUGUUGGCGUGCCUUGCCCAUGCAAACUUCCGGAAAUGGGGCAGGGGCUUGGAGAGCAUCUGCAACAACGAGGUGAAGAAGUGUCAGCCAUUUCUGCUAGGGCGCAUUGACUAUUCUUCAGAUGAAGGCUGUGUCGUUGCCAAUGAGAUCUCUGCUGAGCGCGCUGGAAUGUUGGUACACCAAAUAGCGAGGCACCAGGCCCUGUACCCUUUGGUAGUUUUCACUUCACACGAUGCUCGGUACUUUCCCAGCAUCCGUGAAGCAGAUGGCCAAACAGAACUCCUCUUCGACCGAAUCUUGUGCGAUGUCAUGUGCUCUAGCGAUGGGACCUUGAGGAAGGCACCGCAUCUCUGGCGCGAGUGGAGCACGAAGCUGAGCAUGGAGCUGCACGCAGAUCAGUUGGCCGUGGCCUUGCGCGCUGCGCGGCUGCUGCGCCCCGGCGGCCGCAUGGUCUACAGCACCUGCAGCUUGUCACCAGUGGAGAACGAAGCUGUUGUGUCCGAGAUCUUGCAGGCAGCAUCUCUUGCUUUGGUGGAUGUUCGUGGGCAGCUGGCCAUGCGCACAUCGCCCGGAUUGCAGCGGUGGAAGGUUGCACACAAUGGUCAGCUGUUUGAAAGCCAUGCAGCUGCUUUGGCAGCUGGUGUCAAGCUCCACAAAGGAUUUUUUCCGCCAGAAGCACCGCAUUUGCUUCCAGAGCUCAGCAAGUGCCUGCGGAUUUUGCCUCACCACAAUGACACCGGAGGCUUCUUCGUUGCAGUCUUUGAAAAGCACACUUUGGAUCAUGAAGAGGAUGGCACUGCAGCCUGUCGUGGCUAUGACAGCGAUCGGGAUGAAGAUGGUGAAGAAUCUGCGCGCCGGAAGCAGUUGGAGAAGUUGGAGCAGGUGGCCACUGCGGGCAGCGCGCAGGAGCGAGCCAAGGCAGAAGCGCGGCGAGAACGCGCCAGGACCUCUGGUUCUUUGGCGCGGGAGCUUGCGCGCUACACUUGUCUAGCUUCAAUGCCUCAGGCUGCUGCUCUCCGAAGCUUCUAUGGACUGCAUGAGACGUUUCCGGAGAAGCUGCUCUUCAGCCGGCACCAUCUGGAACUCAAUGCUGACGGAGAGCUUUUGCAGACACAUCAAGGAGAAGCAAACCAACUUCUUUUGCUCGCUGGGGCUGCAGCGGAGAUUCUCCAGUGUGGGACUGGCGCCCAUGCCAAGAGAAAGCUCAAGAUCAUCGCAGGCGGCUUAAGGGUCUUUGAGAAGGACCGCUUUGAGGUGCCUGAGCGGUGCACGUCCUUCAGGUUUGCGCAAGAAGGCCUUGAGCUCUUGCUACCCUACAUUGGGCAGCGCAUCGCAGUCCUAGAGGAUGUGGCUGACACCCGUCGUUUACUGAAUCAGCGCGAUUCAGCUACUGCGCAACUGGUGUCGAAAGGAAAAGAGGUGUUGGAAACUUUGGGUCCAGGUGGCUGCGUUCUCUUGCUGGGCACCAUGAUCGAAGGAGAUUUGCUGCCUGUUUCGGCUCUGCGAACGCAAAAGGCUGUGAAUCUCUUUGUCAACGACAUCACAAUGCCAUUGGUCCGAGAGGACUUUGAACCUUUGCAGGUCGCGCCGGAGGUGAGCUUUUGGCAGGAACUGAGCCAAAGAAAGCUGGACAUUUGGCGCCUGGAUUCUUCCAAUGUGCCAUUCACAGCCUUCUACGAAGCUUCGCAGGCUUCUGGUGUUCCAGCAAAGUGCUUUCUACAAAAGACUGCCUUUGAUGCCGCCAAAGUGCCGGCAGGUGCUGGGAAGGUGAUUGGAGAGCUGAAAAACUUCAACACCGAAGAGGAGUUUCGCACCUUCUUGGGCAACGCCGAAGCGCGGCAGAGCUCUUUGACGGAGGCCGUGAAAAGCAUUCGCAACGACAUUGACUCCGGGGUCGCUCUAACGGAACCCUCGAGACUCAGGCGACUGAUUUUGUUCAGCUUUGCGGAUCUUAAAAAGUAUCACUAUUCCUUCCUGUCAACCUUGCCGGCACUGAAGACACCAAAGCCGUGGCAGCAUUCAAAAGAGCCUAUAGAAAAGCUGGGGCAAGACGUGCUUGCACAAGUGGCAAAAGGCCUACGCGAAGAAGACUUCGAUGGCCUCUGCCUGCUGCUACGGAGUAGCUCCAGUGAGACGGGCUGGUGCUUGCGACCUUUGGCUCACCUGCCAUCUUUGCAGGUGGAGUCGGAGGAUGAUGUGGUGCUGGUCUUUGUGGAUCCAUCUUCCGAGGAUGCUCCGGCUUGGCCAUUGCAGAAUGCGUUGCUGCUUCUGGCCAGAUACCGACCUGGACAAAGAUUGGUGCUGGCCUUCCGAGACCCACAGCUGGCAUCUGGGGCGCGGGGCUACUCUGGAGGUACACAGCUACGUUCACGGCUCCUCCGCUAUGAGGUCAGUGCCGAGACGUCCACGGCCAAUGACUGCCGUGCCGGCUGGUCGAAGAUAGCCACCUUCGACCUGACACGCUUUCUCGACUCCAAGACGGUUGCAGCCAAUGCAGUCGAUCUCAACAUCAAACUCAUGAAGUGGCGAGUGCUACCAGGUCUUGAGCCAGAACGAAUGAAGGAGCUUCGGAUCCUGCUGCUGGGCUCUGGCACCCUGGGUUGUGGCGUUGCCAGAGCCCUCAUGGGCUGGGGCUGCAGGCGAAUGACCUUUGUGGAUGCUGGGAAGGUCUCCUUCUCAAACCCUGUGCGGCAGAGCCUUUUCACCCACAAGGAUGCUGCGGAAGGUCGCAAGAAGGCCACAGCUGCCCGAGAGGCAGUGGAAGCGAUCCUUCCAGAUGCUGAAGCAAAGGAUGUGGUGAUGGACAUACCGAUGCCGGGACAUCCCCAUCAAUCUGCGGAGGUGUUGCGUGCGAACAUUGAAAAACUGCAGAGCCUGGUCGACAGCCACGAUGUGAUUUGCAUGCUGACUGAUUCGCGCGAGUCCCGAUGGCUUCCCUCCCUGAUGGUCGCAGCUGCUCAGGACAGAGAGAAUCCACCUUUGGGGCUCACGGUAGCCUUAGGCUUUGACUCUUUUCUCGUUUCCAGGCAAACUUAUCGCAAGUCCCUUGCUGCGUGUUACUUCUGCAAUGAUGUCACAGCUCCCUCUGAUUCCUUGGCCUUCAGGACACUGGACCAGCAGUGCACUGUGACGCGGCCAGGGAUUUCUGGCUUGGCCAGCAAUAUCGCCGUGGAGUUACUGGCUGCCUUAACCCAGCACCAGGAUGGAUUUGGAGCAUCCUCCACGGGCACUCCCAGUAUCGCUGAGUCUCCUUUGGGCGGUGUGCCCCACCAGGUUCGAGGCUACGCAGCGGAGUAUACCUUAUCCCCAGCUGAGACUGAGCCCUUCAAACAUUGCGUUUGCUGCUCAAAGGAGGUACUUGAUAUCUAUGCGAAAGAAGGAGGUGGCUUCCUUGAGAAAGUAGUUGCCGACUCCUCCAUUCUGGAGGAAGUUUCCGGCCUGGCAGAGAUGAAAGCUGCAAUGUGGGGGCAAGCUGGAGAUGUUGAAGCCUUCGAUGACUUUGACGAUCUUUAG